GAUGGUGAUGACGACCCACAACUCUCCUGGGUGGCUUCAUCUCCCUCCAGCAAAGAUGUUGCAUCACCCACUCAGAUGAUAGGAGAUGGGUGUGAUCUCGGCAUCGGGGAGGAGGAAGGGGGGACUGGCCUGCCGUAUCCCUGUCAGUUUUGUGAUAAGUCCUUCAUUCGCCUGAGCUACCUUAAAAGGCACGAGCAGAUCCACAGUGACAAACUACCUUUCAAAUGCACCUACUGUAGCCGGCUUUUUAAGCACAAGAGAAGUAGGGAUCGCCACAUAAAGCUUCACACCGGGGAUAAAAAGUACCAUUGCCAUGAGUGCGAGGCUGCGUUCUCUCGCAGCGACCACCUCAAAAUCCACCUGAAAACCCACAGCUCCAGCAAACCAUUCAAGUGCACUGUGUGUAAACGUGGGUUUUCAUCUACCAGCUCAUUGCAGAGUCACAUGCAAGCUCAUAAAAAGAACAAGGAACAUAUGGCAAAGACUGAGAAAGAGGUGAAGAAGGAUGAUUUUAUGUGUGAUUACUGUGAAGAGACAUUCAGUCAGACUGAAGAUUUGGAGAAGCACGUAAUGACACGCCACCCACAGCUUUCCGAGAAGGCAGAUUUGCAGUGUAUUCAUUGCCCUGAAGUAUUUGCAGACGAAAACUCGCUGCUCUCACACAUUCAUCAAGCCCAUGCCAACAAAAAACACAAGUGCCCUAUGUGCCCGGAGCAGUUUUCUUCAGUGGAGGAAGUCUAUUGCCACUUGGACAGCCACAGACAGCCUGACUCCAGCAAUCACAGCAUCAGCCCUGACCCAGUCUUGGGGAGCGUGGCGUCCAUGAGCAGUGCGACGCCCGACUCCAGCGCAUCGGUGGAAAGAGGUUCCACCCCAGAUUCGACAUUAAAGCCUUUGAGAGGACAAAAGAAAAUCAGGUCUGUGGACAGAGAGGAUGGCCAGAACUGGUCUAAAGUUACUUACAGCUGCCCCUACUGCUCAAAGCGUGACUUCAACAGCCUUGCUGUUCUGGAGAUCCACCUGAAGACCAUUCAUGCAGACAAACCUCAGCAAAGCCACACGUGCCAGAUCUGCCUUGAUUCCAUGCCUACACUGUACAACUUGAAUGAACAUGUGAGAAAGGUGCACAAAAACCAUGCAUAUCCCAUGAUGCAGUUUAGCAACAUUUCUGCCUUUCACUGUAACUACUGCCCGGAGAUGUUUGCAGAUAUCAAUAGCUUACAAGAGCACAUCCGUAUUACUCACUGUGGCCCAAACGCUACCCCUCAAGAUGGCAACAACGCUUUCUUCUGUAACCAGUGCUCCAUGGGCUUUCUGACUGAAGCGACCUUGACUGAGCAUAUUCAGCAGACUCACUGCAAUGUAGGAAAUUCAAAAUUGGAUUCCCCUGUCAUUCAGCCAACACAGUCUUUUAUGGAAGUUUAUUCAUGCCCUUAUUGCACAAACUCCCCCAUUUUUGGCUCCAUCCUGAAGCUUACAAAGCAUAUUAAAGAAAACCACAAGAACAUUCCUCUGGCACACAAUAAGAAGUCAAAAGCAGAGCAGAGUCCAGUUUCUUCUGAUGUUGAAGUCUCUUCCCCUAAAAGGCAACGGCUUUCUGCUAGCGUAAACUCAGUGUCUAAUGGUGAAUACCCAUGUAAUCAGUGUGAUCUGAAGUUCUCAAAUUUUGAAAGUUUUCAGACCCAUUUAAAGUUGCAUUUGGAGUUGCUGUUGAGGAAACAGUCUUGCCCUCAGUGUAAAGAAGACUUUGAUUCCCAGGAGUCCCUUCUGCAACAUCUCACUGUACAUUACAUGACAACUUCAACUCAUUAUGUAUGUGAGAGCUGUGACAAACAGUUCUCUUCGGUGGAUGAUUUGCAGAAGCAUUUGUUGGACAUGCAUACUUUUGUGUUGUAUCACUGCACCCUUUGCCAAGAAGUUUUUGAUUCCAAGGUAUCUAUCCAAGUGCAUCUGGCAGUCAAACAUAGCAAUGAAAAGAAGAUGUAUCGCUGCACAGCUUGUAACUGGGAUUUUAGGAAGGAGGUGGAUCUCCAGAUCCAUGUGAAGCACAGUCACUUGGGGAAUCCAUCAAAGUCUCACAAAUGCAUCUUCUGUGGUGAGACCUUUAGCACAGAGGUAGAACUGCAGUGCCACAUCACAACCCACAGCAAAAAGUACAACUGCAAGUUCUGUAGCAAAGCUUUUCAUGCCAUCAUCUUGCUUGAAAAGCACUUGCGGGAAAAACACUGUGUUUUUGAUGCUAGCGCUGAGAAUGGUACAGCUAAUGGCAUGACCCCAACCAGUAAGAAAACAGAAGGGGGAGACAUCCAGAACAUGUUAAUGAAGAAUCCAGAUACUUCCAACAGCCAUGAAGCCAGUGAGGAUGAUGUAGAUGCUUCUGAGCCCAUGUAUGGCUGUGACAUUUGUGGGGCUGCCUACACUAUGGAGGUCCUCUUGCAGAACCACCGUUUAAGAGAUCAUAACAUCAGGCCUGGGGAGGAUGACUGUUCUAGGAAAAAAGCAGAAUUCAUCAAAGGUAGCCACAAGUGUAAUAUCUGCUCACGGACCUUUUUCUCAGAAAAUGGCCUGAGAGAGCACAUGCAGACCCAUCGAGGCCCAGCUAAGCACUACAUGUGCCCCAUCUGUGGGGAGCGCUUCCCAUCACUCUUGACCUUGACGGAGCACAAAGUCACUCACAGCAAGAGUUUGGAUACAGGGACGUGUCGGAUCUGCAAAAUGCCACUGCAGAGCGAGGAGGAAUUUAUCGAGCACUGUCAGAUGCAUCCAGAUCUCAGAAACUCCCUCACUGGGUUUCGCUGUGUUGUCUGCAUGCAGACAGUCACCUCUACCCUUGAGCUGAAAAUUCAUGGGACGUUUCAUAUGCAGAAAUUGGCAGGCAACUCUGCAACCUCGUCGCCCAAUGGCCAGGCCUUGCAAAAACUCUACAAGUGUGCGUUGUGCCUGAAGGAGUUCCGGAACAAGCAGGACUUGGUAAAGUUGGAUGUGAACGGCCUUCCCUAUGGCCUGUGCGCCGGAUGCAUGACCAGGAGCACCAAUGGACAGUCUUCGAGCUUGACUCCACAGGAGGUGAAUGAGAGACCAUGUGGCAGUCUGAGGUGUCCAGAGUGUAGUGUCAAAUUUGAAAGCGCUGAAGACCUAGAGAGCCACAUUCAGGUAGACCACCGAGACCUAACGCCUGAGACAAGUGGCCAGAGGAAAGGCACUCAGACAUCCCCUGUUCCCAGA